AUCGUCACGCCAGCGGGAGCCCCUGGCCCAAAGUCCGGCAUCUGGUAAGAGAAGAGUCCUCUGGCAACCCAGGACCCGGACGGUUUCUACGCACGGCUGGGACUGUGUGACGGUGAGGAGCUGAGCUGGGCUCCCCCGGUUUGAAGAGGGAGCUGCAGUCUGGAGGCAGAGACCGGUAGCCCCGCAGCCGGAGGAGGAACUUUCCCAUCUCUUGGCUUGCAUUUGACAGACGAGGGGAGCUGCGAGAUUUGUAAUGGCAAAGGAUGGCUGCGGAGGGGGGACCGGAAUCAGCCGCCGAAACAACUGCAAAUACUCCAGAGGCAGCAGUAACUGCAGCUACAGAUGCUACAGAGGAGCAACAGCCUGUCAAGCAGUCUUUGAGUGCCUCCAUGUGCAGAGAGUCCCACUGGAAAUGUCUCCUCCUCUCCUUGCUUAUGUACAGCUGCUUGGGGGCUGUAGCUUGGUGCCAGCUCACACAAGUCACCAAGCUCAGUUUUGAUAGUUCGUUUCAAGGCAAGUCCAUGAUCUACCAUGAUAGCCCUUGCUCUGAUGGCUACGUCUAUAUACCAUUAGCAUUUCUCACCAUGCUGUACGCGGUUUACCUGGUUGAAUGUUGGCACUGCCGGGCCAAAAGUGAGCUUCAGUACAAGGCUGAUGUGGAAAGUGUCUAUGACCGAAUUGCUCGAAUGAAGCAGGCCACUCCGUGCAUAUGGUGGAAGGCCAUCAGCUACCACUUUGUCCGACGGACCAGACAGGUGACUCGAUACCGCAAUGGUGAUGCUUAUACAACCACCCAGGUCUAUCAUGAGAGGGUCAACACCCAUGUGGCUGAAGCUGAGUUUGAUUAUUCCAACUGUGGCUUCAAGGACAUCUCAAAGGAACUUAUGGGCUUGGAGUGGUAUUCAGCCACAAAACUAAAAUUCACCAAAUGUUUCAGCUUUGCCAACACAGAGUCUGAGAACUCAUAUCUAACACAGAGGGCUCAUUUCUUCACAGAGAUUGAAGGGCUGGAUGACUACAUGGAGGUCAGAGAAGGCAUGCAACUCAAAAAUAUUGAAUUCAAAGAGAUCAUGAUGGCUUAUGGGGAUCCAGAGCAUCUCCCAUGGUACGUGUCCCAGUAUGCUUUCUGGGUGGCUGCUCUGAUGAUGCUCUCCUGGCCAUUGAGAGUUUUCAUAGAGUAUCGGACGGCAUUUGUGCAAUACCACGUGGAGAAGCUUGUUGGGGUAGAGUACAGAGUACCAACCGAGGCAGAGGAACCCUUGUACAGGUAUCGGAUACCCAGGGUCAGCACUCGGGACAGCACUGAACUCGAGUGGCACAUCUGCACAAACCGGCAACUGAUCCCCAGUUACUCAGAGGCCAUACUGUUGGACUUGGCGAAUCCUCCCUCAUGCAAUGCCUACUCCAUGUGCAGAUACAGUGAGGUCACUCACGGCUGUGACCACUGCCAUCAUGCCUCCAGUACCUCCUCCAUCUUCUCUCGCCACGCGUUUCACAGCUGCAGUGGAAACUCACAGCUCUCUCUCAACACUAGCCGCUUCUCCUUGUGCCGGAUUCAUGGCUCUCAUAGGACAGGCCUUGGGAGAAGUCACAGCAGCAGCAUUGCUGACCGUGGCUGCCAGGAUGACCAGUGCUGCUCCCACUCAAGUCAGCUGGCCAUCAAUGAAAACCCACCCACCUACCAUGAUGCUCGUUUCUUCCCGGUGCUAAUUGUGCAAAGGCCUGAAAGGCAGGGAGGGAGGCAGCUCUACCUCCGCCGUGCAUCCUGCCUGGAGACUUCACUGUCACUCACUCACUGCCUGAAUCCUGUUGAACAAUGAGAACAAUACCAGGACAGCCAUACAGGUCAACUGCCCUCUAGUUAAAGUCCCAGUUGCCCAUUUCCUGAGAAAAAAAAAUCCCAUUCAAGUGGCUAGCUACAAGUCUGAUGGUUACUUGAUAAGUGUAUUGAUAUAUUCCAUGCUAUCCUGUUCUCCCUUCAGAAGACAGCCUAGAUGGGACUGUCAUGUUACGGUCACAGUCACCAGGUUUAUAUUCAGACUGAGAGAUGUUCCUAGAGCCACUCAGUGAGAUUCUUGGCAGAGGAGGUAUAUGAACCUAAAUCUCUCUUGUCAAAGUCCCACACUCUAUGGGACAACUACCUGACUUAAAGUUCACAGAGGUAAAAGGAAGAUAAUUUCAUCAGAUAUGUAACAGGCAGGGAAAUUUAUCAGUCAGCAGAUUUACACAGAACUUUACAUCAUGGAGAAUUCCACUGAUGGGUCUGCCUUUCCAAAAUGUUUUUCCUCCUAAGCAUAUUACUAGCUUGGGAAGGGCUUUGAUCCCACAUACCCAAUAGUUCCUGCUAACUCAGGCUAUUCUUGUAUCAUGCAGCAUUAUCUAAGAGUCGGGGCAGAUAUUUUCCUUUCACAUCCUAAUAUAUAAACAGAGCUGAAGACUUUUUUUGGGGGGGGGCGGAGGAAGGGAGAUAAAUACUAUACUUCCAGCCUUCUGCGAUAAGCAGCACCACCAUGUGGAGAGGGGGCAGAUAAAUGUUUUUUCUUGCAUCCCUUGGCAAGUGAAUAGAGGCAAAUGCUAUAAUCUCCCCAAACCACAUAGAAUCAUAGAGUUGGAAGAGACCCCAAGGGCCAUCAAGUGCAAUGCAGGAACACACAAUCGAAGCACUCCUGACAUAUGAUUGUCCAGCCUCUGUUAAAAAACCUUGAAAGGAGGAGACUCAACCACACUCUGAGAUAGUUUAUUCCACUGUCAGACAGAAUUUUUUCCUGAUGUUUAGGUGGAAUCUCUUUUCCUUCACCUUGAAACCAUUA